UCAACAGCUCCUCCAAUGUCCCCACUGCUCCCCUCUCUCUCUUCUAAGCUUCGUCUCCUCCUACUGUACAUCUCCGUCCCCAGGGCUCGAGCCGAGAGCCCUUCCGAGCCCCAAUAGCCAUUUCCCGGCGCCUUUAUCUGUCUCCGCCAUCCAGCCGAGACACACACAGACAGAGAGGCUCUUCAUCCAUCCAUUCCCCUGUAGAUUUGAUUUCGCCAAGACAGCAGUAGAAGGAGCUACCUAGCUGUGACAGUGAAACAAUUUGACAACAGUGCUUCGUUGGAAACUAGCCAAUCGAUCAGGCAGGGGAUGAGUACAACCAAGGUGAAGAGGCGUGUGGGGAAGUACGAGCUGGGCCGGACCAUCGGCGAGGGCACAUUCGCAAAGGUCAAGUUUGCGAGGGACACCGAGACCGGCGACCCUGUGGCCAUCAAGAUCCUCGACAAGGAGAAGCUUCUCAAGCACAAGAUGGUUGAGCAGAUCAAGCGGGAGAUCGCAACAAUGAAGUUGAUUAAGCAUCCUAAUGUUGUUCGCAUGCACGAGGUGAUGGCAAGCAAAACAAAGAUCUACAUUGUUUUAGAGUAUGUCACAGGCGGCGAGCUCUUUGACACGAUUGUUAACCAUGGUCGUAUGAGAGAAGAUGAGGCAAGGAGAUACUUUCAACAGUUAAUCAAUGCUGUUGAUUAUUGUCAUAGCAGGGGCGUGUACCACAGGGAUUUGAAACCAGAAAAUUUACUACUCGACUCAUGUGGAAAUCUGAAGGUCUCUGAUUUUGGGUUGAGCGCACUAUCUCAGCAACUCAAGGAUGAUGGAUUACUACACACGACUUGUGGAACUCCAAAUUAUGUUGCACCAGAGGUCCUUGAAGAUCAAGGCUAUGAUGGUGCAAUGGCAGAUUUGUGGUCGUGUGGAGUUAUCCUGUUCGUUCUGCUAGCUGGGUAUUUGCCUUUCGAGGACUCUAAUCUUAUGAACUUGUAUAAGAAAAUAUCAAAUGCGGAAUUUACGUUUCCACCUUGGACGUCUUUUCCUGCCAAGAGGUUGUUAACAAGAAUCCUUGAUCCAAAUCCAAUGACGAGAAUAACAAUUCAAGAAAUGUUAGAGGACGAGUGGUUCAAGAAAGGUUACAAGCGUGCAGAGUUCGACGAGAAGUAUGACACGACAUUGGACGAUGUCGAUGCCGUCUUCAAUGAUUUAGAAGAGCACCAUGUGACAGAAAAGAAAGAAGAAGAACCAGUAGCUCUGAAUGCAUUUGAACUGAUUUCCAUGUCAGCAGGCCUCAAUCUUGGAAACUUAUUCGACUCUGAGAUGGAAUUUAAAAGAGAAACAAGGUUUACAUCAAAAUGCUCACCAAAAGAAAUCGUCCGUAAGAUUGAGGAAGCUGCAAAGCCUCUAGGAUUUGAUGUUCGGAAGAAAAACUACAAGCUGAGGCUAGAAAACGUAAAAGCAGGAAGAAAGGGAAACCUCAAUGUUGCUACCGAGAUACUGCGAGUUGGACCUUCUCUUCACAUGGUUGAAGUUCGAAAAGCAAAAGGCGACACUCUGGAAUUCCAUAAGUUCUACAAGAACCUUUCAAACACCUUGAAGGACGUCGUCUGGAAAUCCGACGAUCUGCAGAAGAAACCUUCCUAGCAGCAAACUUGGGAAAGGGGAGGAUGGGUAAACUAUUAGCAUCUCAUCCUUCCAAAGCUGAUUCCAUUUUCAGAAGCUGGAUCAGCGAAAAAAUUGUUCAUUGCAUUUGUAAGUACUGGUCAAUCGCCCUGUUGAGCUGUGCUUGUUUGUACUCCACCAUUGUUGUAAGAUGCUGUGUUUUGAGAGUCUUUUUGGAACAUCUGAAUUCAUUAGUUUUUGCGGGUACAUCUGCAAGUGUUAGUUAACUCUACCGUGUGAUUUUGGAACAAUGAAGCCAGGAAUUGGCCAUAUCCCAGCCAAAUAUAUUGAAAAAUAUAUGAGUUUUUAGCAAA